GCUUUCAUUCAACUAAUAAGACUAGUUACUGUUGUGUCAGUAUAGUUGUGAGUCGGCUUCUACGCAGACAUGAGUCGAAUUAGAUUCAAAGUUAAUGCAAUACCAUACUCAGUGGGAGGUGAGGUUAGUUCAGACCUGACGUUGGCGGACUAUAUCCGACAAAACCUAGAGCUGCGUGGUACCAAGUACAUGUGUCGUGAGGCUGGGUGCGGAGCUUGCAUUGUGUCUGUCGUCAAAUGCCCAGGAGGACCGGUCGAAGCUGUUAAUUCGUGUAUGGUAUCAAUUACGUCAUGUCAAGAUUGGGAAAUUACAACGAUAGAAGAAUUGGGGAACAGAAACAAAGGGUACAACGUUCUACAGAAGACUUUGGCUGAUUAUAAUGGGACCCAAUGUGGGUAUUGCUCUCCAGCUUGGGUCAUGGCGAUGCACAGUCUCCUCAAAGGCAACAAUGAUUUAACGAUGCUAGAAAUAGAGAAAUCCCUCAGCAGCAAUGUCUGCAGAUGUACUGGCUACAGACCCAUAUUGGACGCCUUCAAAAAAUUUGCCAAAGACUGCCCUAAAGAGCAUAGAAUUUUAGACAUAGAAGAUUUGACUAUCUGUAAGAGAACUGGUAAAAAAUGUGAUAAGAGUAAUUGUAAUGACGAAGACUGGUGCAUAAUUGAAAAAGAAGAAUACAAGGCCGAGGGUAUUAUAGAAAUACCGUUGCAUGACAAUAAAUAUUGGUACCGUGUUACGAAUGUUGAUGAUAUAUUCAAAAUUCUUAAUCAGAAAGGAUAUGACUCAUAUAUGCUGGUCUUUGGGAAUACGGCUAAAGGUGCAUAUCCAAUCUUCGAAUAUCCGAAAGUAUUGAUUGAUAUUAGCGCUGUAGCCCAAUUAAAGAUUUGCCUUUAUGACCAGAAUUUAGUAGUAGGUGUUGGAUUGACGCUUACCGAAUUAUUGAAUACUUUCGAGACAGCUUCAAAGGAAGAAUACUUCAAGUACCUGAGGAAGCUUUACGAACAUUUGUUAUUGGUCGCCCACAUACCCGUCAGAAAUAUUGGUUCCGUAGGUGGUAAUUUGAUGAUAAAACACAUGCACAAUGAAUUUCCGUCUGAUGUGUUUUUGUUGUUUGACACAGUUGGGGCUCAGCUUGAGUUGCAGAACUCAAGAGGUCAAACCAAAGUGGUCACUAUGCAGCAAUUCCUAAAAGAAGACAUGAAAGGAAAGAUUAUUCUACACAUUCUUUUACCCCCACUGACGGAUCAGCAUCGCCUUGUUACCUUCAAGGUAAUGCCGCGAUCACAGAGCGCUCAUGCGAUCGUCAACGCAGCGUACCUAUACAAACUGAAUAGCAACGGCACGGUGAUAGAGUGCAGAAUCAGCUACGGAGGUCUAUCUUCACAAUUUACCAGAGCUUUCGCGACUGAAAGCUUCUUAGUCGGUAAAGCUCUCUUCACGAACAACACUCUACAGAGAGCUCUUAAUAUACUGAAAAACGAACUGGUCGUGACAGAGAUGCCGCCUGAACCUUCGGCAAAAUAUAGAGAGAAAUUAGCUUUGAAUCUAUUUUAUAAGGGACUCCUAACGCUUUGUCCAAACAAUCAGCUGAAUUCCCGCUAUCGAUCAGGUGCUAUUAAGAUCCAUGAGACACGACCCGUAUCCGAAGGCAGACAAAUCUUUGACACCAAUCCUACGGAAUGGCCUUUAGGUCAACCCAUACCCAAAGUUGAGGCUUUGAUCCAAUGCGCUGGAGAAGCCCAUUUUUCUGAAGACAUACCAACCUUACCUCGUGAAGUGUUUGCCGCUUUUGCAUUGAGUACAAUAUCUAAAGGAGACCUUGUGAAAAUAGAUCCAUCUCAAGCUCUGAACGUACCCGGAGUGAUUGCAUUUUACUCAGCGAAGGACAUUCCUGGUGAAAAUUCCUUUACACCAGCUCAAACUCUAUUUUACAUUGCUAACGAAGAAGUCUUCUGCAGCAGCAAAGUUGAAUAUUUCAAUCAACCCAUAGGAAUGAUUGUAGCGGAGACCCAACAAAUAGCUGACCGUGCAGCCAAACUGGUGAAGGCUAAAUAUGCCAACAUUAAAAAACCAGUCAUAGACAUCAAAGAAGCUAAGAAGGAUCCGAAAAGGAAUACUUUGUUUACUUCUAUGGAAGCAACAGACAGAGGUACCGAUGUAGUCAAACUUAUUAAAGGCAGUAACACAAUUUAUGGUCAGUACCAUUUUAUGAUGGAGAAUUUGAGCUGUGUGACUAAGCCUACAGAAGAGGGUUUGGAAGUCCACUCAGCCACACAAUGGAUGGAUGGAACCCAGGUCAUGAUUUCAAAGGCAUUGAAUAUUGACUGCAAUCGGAUCGAUGUGCAUGUUAGACGUCUCGGAGGAGCUUAUGGCAUGAAGAUUUCUCGCCCAAUCCAAGUAGCGAUCGCCUGCAGUCUUGCUGUUCAGAAGUUGAACAGACCCUGCCGAUUUAUUCAGUCGUUGACCACCACCACGAGGGCUAUUGGAAAAAGACUUCCGUGCUCUACCGAUUUCGAGGUUGGUGUGAACCGUUCGGGCGUGAUUCAGCAUAUGAAUUUUUAUAAGCUAUACGAAGACAACGGGUACAAGGUGAACGAGACGCUGACGUUUUUAGGAACCGACAUGUUUAACAACUGCUACAAUAACAGCAGGUGGAACUAUCAAUGUUACGAUUCCAUCACUGAUACUGCCAAAAAUACUUGGUGCAGAUCGCCUGGUACCUUAGAAAAUAUAUCUAUGGCCGAAUAUGUUGUAGAGCAGAUAUCAUACGAACUAUCUCUGGAUCCAUUUGAUGUUCGACUCGCAAACUUAGACACAACACGCUUCAAUGACUUAAAAGAAAUGUCUGAUACUCUUAAAAAAAACGCUGAGUAUACCAAAAGGCGUGCCGCUGUCACGAAAUUCAAUGCUGAAAACAGAUGGAAGAAACGUGGCCUUAGGUGCUCCUUCUCUAGGUGGACGCCAGCAGGAGGUCAGUACUUGGACACAAACAUGGCAGUCUACCACGAAGAUGGUACUGUUGCCAUUUGCCACGGUGGCAUAGAAAUGGGCCAAGGGCUGAACACAAAAGCGGCCCAAAUCUGUGCGUAUUACUUAAAGAUACCCUUAGAGAAAAUUCAGGUUAAGGCCAACAGCACGGUUUUGACACCUAACGGCUUUAUAUCCGGUGGAAGUCAGACGUCACUGAAUAUAGGCGUAGCUGUUACGAGGUGUUGUGAGGAACUGUUACGAAGAUUGCAGCCAAUAAGAUUGCAGAUGAACAACCCGACUUGGGAGGAAUUAGUGAAGAAAGCUUUUGAUUCUAAUGUCGAUUUGCAAGUUCAUGGUUUCGUUAGCGCUAUCGAUGCACAGAUCUAUAAUAUUUUCGGAGUUUCCUUGGCAGAAGUUGAGGUGGACGUUUUAACUGGAGAGUCGGAGAUAUUAAGAGUCGAUAUCCUACAAGACGUCGGGAAAAGCGUCAGCCCUGAAAUCGAUAUCGGACAAGUUGAAGGGGCAUUCAUCAUGGGUCUUGGGUACUGGACAUGUGAGAAGUUGGUAUAUGAACCUAAUACUGGGGAAUUACUCACUGACCGCACUUGGAACUAUAGCGUGCCCUUAGCAAGAGAUAUCCCGCAAGAUCUCAGAGUAUACUUCAGGAAGAACUCUUACAGUACUGAACUUUUUCUUGGAGCCAAAGCUACGGGAGAACCACCAAUGUGCUUAUCUAUAGUCAUAGCAUUUGCGCUUCGAGAAGCAAUAGCGGAAGCCAGGCGGGAAUCCGGGAUACCUACUACCGAAUGGUUUCAAAUUGAUGGUCCGUACAGAGUGGAAAGUCUGUGUUUGGCAGCCGCAAAUAAAACCGAUGACUUUAAAUUAAAUUAAAAUUUUACUAAUAGUUUGAGGAGGUCCCCUAAAUGAGUGCAGUAGAAUGACCUCGAGCAGGGAGAGGUGGCGCGACAUCGUGAGACGCAUCAAGUCUGCCCCUUCCAACACUACAUGACGAUCACGACCACUCUGUCAAGAGUGACACGAUUGAGAAGAAGAAGAAGAACUAAUGGUAUGCACUAAAAUUCGAUGAUUUUAUUAUUUUAUUACUAUUAAAUUAAAAUGCAAUAUGGGAGGAA